AGAGAGAGAGAGAGAGAGAGAGAGAGAGAGAGAGAGAGAGAGAGAGAAGAUGGUUCAUGCUGGUAGACACUAAAAAGAAGACUUUUGAUGGAACACCAUGCAGUUGUUACCUGUCUCCUCAGCGAAACAGCUUGAGAAUCUGGGCCGCUGGUGUAUCUAAAUAGAAGCAUUGUAUGAGGUGUAGUGCCAACAGCGCAGGCUCUUUCCCACAGAGCAGCCUCUGAGGAGACAAGCCAGAGAGUGGGCAGCAGCAGCAGCAGCAGCAGCAGCAGCAGCAGCAGCAGCAGCAGCAGCAGCAGCAGCAGCAGCAGCAGCAGCAGCAGCAGCAGCAGCAGCAGCAGCUUCAGAAGCCAGCCAGUUGCCAUGGGGCCAACCGUCUGGGGCCUCCCCUGCGUCCUCCUCCCCCUCCUCCUCCUGGCAGCCAUGUGGAGCCAGGCAGAGGGCCUCUCAAGGGGUCCCUAUCUGGAGCGCAGGCGGAGAGCGCCGGCAGAGGGGGGCGAGGCCCCUAAAAAGUGCUCCUACACCUUCCUGGUGCCGGAGCAGAAGAUCACGGGCCCCAUCUGCGCCACCCGGGGCCCCGCGCCGCCGGACAAGGACCGCGUGACGCGCAUGGACGUGGCGGACGUGCGCGAGCUGCUGUCCAAGCAGCGGCGGGAGAUGGAGACGCUGCAGCUGGUGGUGGACGUGGACGGUAACCUGGUGAACGAGAUGAAGCUUCUCCGCAAGGAGAGUCGCAACAUGAACUCGCGCGUCACGCAGCUCUACAUGCAGCUGCUGCACGAGAUCAUACGCAAGCGGGACAACUCGCUGGAGCUGGCGCUGCUGGAGGGCCGCAUCCUCAACGCCACCGCAGAGUCCCUGCGGCUGUCGGCGCGCUAUCGCGAGCUGGAGCUUCGCUUUUCCGCGCUGGCCGCCGUGGUGAACAACCAGUCGGUGCUGAUCGGGGCGCUGGAGGAGAGAUGCCUGCAGGUGUAUGGCAGCCGGCGGCCCGAGUCCGGGGGCCCGCCGCUCGUGCAGGUGGUGCCGGAGAACAUCCCGGUGCACGUGCCCCGGUUCUCCAAUGAGAUCCAGAGGGACCACGGGAGGGCCUUUCCCCGAGACCGAGGGUCCCGCAACGGCCCCGCCCCCACAGGAAGCACGGCAGACAUCCUGAAACCACCUGAGGGCAACUUCAGCUCAGAAGGGCCGUACCGGGACUGCUUCCAGGCCAUGCAGGCCGGCCACUCCACCAGCCGCGUGUACGUGCUGAGGCCGGACGGCAGCGAGCAGCCCAUGCAGGCCUGGUGCGAACAUGACCUGGACAACGGCGGCUGGACCGUCAUCCAGAGGAGGAAGGAUGGCUCCGUCAACUUCUUCAGGAACUGGGACAGCUACAAGAAAGGCUUUGGCAACAUGGACGGCGAGUACUGGCUUGGCCUGGAGAACAUCUACAGCCUGGGCAAGCAGGGCGACUAUCGGCUGCUGAUAGAGAUGGAGGACUGGAUGGAGAAGAAGGUCUACGCGGAAUACAGCAGCUUCCACCUGGAGCCGGAGAGCGAGUCCUACCGCCUGCGCCUGGGCACCUACCAGGGGAACGCCGGCGACUCGCUCACCAGCCACAACGGGAAGCAGUUCACCACCCUCGACCGGGACAAGGACGCCUUUGCAGGUAACUGUGCACACUUCCACAAGGGCGGCUGGUGGUACAACGCCUGUGGACAAGCCAACUUGAAUGGAGUGUGGUACACCGGUGGGGUGUACCGUAGCAAGCACCAGGACGGCAUCUUCUGGGCAGACUAUGGUGGUGGGUUCUAUUCCCUGAAGGCUAUCCGUAUGAUGAUCCGGCCCAUUGAUUAGGGUCCAAUUCACAGUCUAGCGCUGUCUCCAAAGCUGCAGACUGGGAGGGUCGGCACCCUCAUCCCUUCGGAUCCUCCUGGACCAUGCUGUCAACAGCUCUGCUUUGUGAUGGUCCGUUCGCAUUUGUUUACUGCUUUUUUUGAGACUGAACAUUGUGUUCUCAUUCCUUACUGUGUAUGUUUAUGUAUAUCAUGGUUGCCACACACUCUCUGAGAACUUGCACGGGUGGUAUAGUGGAUUGAACAAUGAAAUGAAGUGCAGCUGAAAAGUGGUCACCCUCCCUCCCAUUCCUGGCAUUGGCCCCAGCACACCCCCAUCCUAACCUUAAGUGUAACUCUUAACCCAAACCCCCACCCAAACCCAUAUUAACCCUACUCCUACCCAAGUACCGCUUUGUUCAGCAGUCUGAGCAACAGUACAGAAAGAAACCCAUAAAUUCAUUGCCAGUAUGAUGGUCUAGGUAGGGCAUUCCUCAAACAUUUCUCAGUGUGCCAUGGUCCUGAGACAGCAGAAUACCACUGGACUGUCAACCAUGGCAAAGCAUCAACAUCUUCUUGGUGAGUUAACCUCACAGGUAGCAACUAAAGGCUUAGUUACUAAGCCAUUACCAAGAAGUCAGGAAUAACAGCUACGUGUAUGUAUGAAUUGUAAGUGUAUAAAUUCAAGAAACAAAAUAAGUGUGUUAGAAUGAAUGGAUGGAUGAAAAGCUGUUGUUUUUCACAUCAGAUGCACUCGUGUUUUUGUUUCCUUGUGUGCUUUAUUUUUAAAAGGUUAUUAUCUUGUUACAACCUUAUGCAUUUUUCAUCCUAAAGAUUUACUGGUUAUGUAUUCCAGAUGUGAAUAGUUGUUGCUACACCCAGAUAAAUAUGGUCAUCAAUAAUUCAUGUGAGUUCAAAGAAAACAGCAACUUCUGGUCAAGUUGUUUAUCAUGUUGAAUACAGCAGGAGGGAAUAUAUUUAAACAAUUAGUGCAAAUCAUGUUUAACGUGGCAAGCUGUACAGCGGAUGUUAUUGCCAUUCCCACAGAUGAUUCCUUUUCAGUGUGAGCUACUGAGAGAAAGUGAGGAUACAAAGAAAUGAACGAAUGAACUUGUGAUUUGCGUCAGCGGUUUGAGAGAUUGGAAGAUAUAAAGUAGCAACCAACUAGCGCGAGGCAAUGGGACAGACAACUAGAAACACAUUGCUGAAACCCAGACAGGAGGAGGGAGGAGGAGUGGAGGUGGUGAAGUGGGGAAGCAGGGGGUGGCGGUGAGCAGGAAUUGGGGAUGGAAACUCUCCAAAUUUCCGUGGAUAUGUUUUUUUCCUUCGAUUUUCCUUUUAAACACAGAAAAUUUACAUUCUUUCCAUCCACAUGCGUUCAGCAUUUUUUGAUGUUUUUGUUCAGUGUUUUUCAUUCAAAGGACUCACGAAUCCUGGAGGUCUGUGAUCACCAUUGACAUGGCUCUCGUUUCGAUGGCAGGAAACUGUAGACUCAUGUGUUGAGCUUGAGGCACAGUCUGUUGGUGCGAGGAGCCUUCAAUAAAAGUUGAUGAAUAUCCUUAAAAGACAUACUAUACUUGGGAUUCAAAUUUGUAUGCGUUCACUGAUUUUUGACCUA